AUGUAUAGCUGUGAAGCUCACGGAUGUGUCUGUCCCGUGUCUCAGGCUGGUUUAGGAGGGUUCCCCCACAGCGGCUCUGCAGGAGUGAAGCUGGAGCAGACGAUGGAGACGGAGCAGAAGGAGUGCAGGCUGCGUGAAGCUCACAUCAUGUACGUGCAGCAGCUCGCAGCUCAGCAGGCCGUUCUGACCGCCGCUCGGGCUUCAGGGGCCGGCUUCAUGAGCAGGGGACCCACUCAUCCAUCCCGUGUCUCCAAUCAAAGCAGUUUGGACUCCGAACGCGACCGGGACUCGGAUGAUGGGAUGAUGGAGGGCGAUGAAGGUAGCGAGGAAGAUGAGCAGCCCUUCGGGAGCUUCUCGGGCCCCGGGGCCACCGCAGAUGUGCAGAGAGCUUCGUCUCCUGCUGUCCGGGUCAAACAGGAGCCCGAGGAUGAUCUCUCACCUGUCGGGCGGCCAUCUGUGUCUCCUCCUAACGGCCAAGCGGACUGGAGCUACGAGGAUCACUUUAAAGCAAAUAGAGGUAUAUCCUGGCCGGAUGAUGGGGAUGUUGGUCGUGGAAGAGGGGAAGCGUCCAGAGAUUUCGCCAAGUUAUAUGAGCUGGACAGUGACCCGCACAGGAAGGAGUUUCUGGACGACCUUUUCACCUUCAUGCUGAAACGAGGGACUCCGGUGAACAGGAUCCCCAUCAUGGCGAAGCAGGUUCUGGAUCUGUACAAGCUGUACAAGCUGGUGACGGAGAAGGGUGGACUGGUGGAGGUCAUCAACAAGAAGAUCUGGAGAGAGAUCACCAGGGGUCUCAACCUGCCCACAUCCAUCACCAGCGCCGCAUUCACGCUCCGCACACAAUAUAUGAAGUAUCUGUAUCCGUACGAGUGCGAGCGGAAGGCGUUGAGUUCUCCCAGCGAACUGCAGGCCGCCAUCGACAGCAACCGGCGUGAAGGCCGUCGAGCCACUUACAGCAACAGCCUGUUCCGCUUUAGCCCCUCCCCCGGCUCCGCCCCUCACCUCCUGACCCCACCCAAGAUGCACCUGUCAGCGCUGGGGAACAUAGGGGCCCUGAAUCGACUGCAGGGGCCAUCUCUGAAGAAGGGACUGGACGAUGGCCGCUCGUCCUCCGUGGCGCUGGUGAUGGGGCAGCAGCAGAUGGGUCUGGCGCGGGCUGCGACACUGGAGCAGCUCCGAGAGAAGCUGGAGACGGAUGCACCGGAGAGAAAGAUGCUGCGUCUGGCCGAGGAGCAGCAGAGACUCAUGCAGCAGGCCUUCCAGCACAACCUGCUCGUCAUGGCCUCGCAGAUCCCCGUCAACCUGCGUCCCGGAGCUCCGGCCAGGGAUGAGAAGCAGGAUCUGGCUGUGAGUAUUUCCUCCAGCGGAGCAGCGAGUAUCAGCAUGUCAGUGGAAGUCAACGGCAUCGUUUACUCAGGAACUCUGUUUGCGCAGAAGUCUGCGGCUGCGUCUGCUGCACCUGGACCCAGCUUCACCUUCCCUAGCUCCGCCCCCAGCCAAAGCCCCGCCUCUUCCUCCUCCUCCAAGGGGCGGAGCUCAGCAGAGCCAUCCACCAGCGGCUCUCCAUAACCAAAUUACUGAAAAUCAAACCGUUGCACAACCAGUACCUCAGU